AUGGACGACGUCCGCCGUGUCGAGUACAACUGGGGGAGAGAACGUCUCCGAGAAUUGCUCAAAAUUGCCAGAUUAUAUGAUGUCCGUAUCCUGAAGACGAGCAUCAAUGGAGAUUGGAAGCUACAAUUUCGAUCACUAAACUUAAACGGUGUCACACCAGGCUCUCGAGCUCAGUACGACAAGGAUGGCUGGGAAACCGACUGGACGCCUCUUUCACUUGUAAACCAGCGACACCCUGAGUUGUGGGCUGUACUCAGAACAAAGAUUUGUUCGGAGUUUACUCUGUCGCAUGCGCAAGUAGGGGAUGUUAUCGACUCUAGUGGAAACAAUCUAGGUUCCCUACACGGCCCCGCAGUUGAGAACACUGACCCGUCAAAUACAGAAAAGCGAAGGAGAACUCCUAGAGCAGCGCAUGGUGUCUCGCGUCCUGCAUCUCACGACCUUGACAUCAAGCAGGAUGACGACUUUGACCCUCGAGCUUUCCUGUACGACAAUGUCAUUGAUAUCACCAAAACAAAUGACAUUCCAUCAGCACCAGACGAAGCUCACUUCCAAAAUGAACAAACUCAAGAAGAGAUGGAACCCGAGAUCAUCGAUCUUACUCUACACGAUAUAAUUGAUCUCACCAUCGAACCAUCUGCGAACUUAGCUCAAGACACAAGAAAGCAAAGCCGUCGAAACCAUCAGCUAGGAGAAUGCGAUUCGGAUCGUGAUUCGCUCUUUGAACAAGAAAGAGAUCUGGAUAGUGACGACGAAAGCCUAGGAAAGGGCAGCGAGGAGGAUGUUUGUCCAGCACCCCAAGGCUUCGAUGUCCCUGCCAUUCCAGCUUUUUUGGUUACUCAAAAAAAGGGGAGAAAGCGGGCCCUAGACCUGGUAGAAGACGAUGUGGAUUCGAUCCAGAUACCCGUUCAACAGCAACCACACAAAAAGCUACGUCUCGCAAGGGGCGUCAAAGGUUCCAGUCUAUUCACCGCAGUCCAGGGGAAGGUUGUGGUGAAGAAAAGAGAUGGGCGAUACACGAGAUUCGACGCGGAGAAAAGUGCAGGGUCUGUUCUUGCAAAGAAGAAAGCGAAUACCACAGGAGAAGAAGCAGUCCAACAAAAUAUUCCGCAGAGGCCCCUCACGGUGGAUGAUCUCGAAGAUUAUGAGGACGAGGACGAUGCACCGCCGUCAACAUUAGACGCUCCCACUUCAAGUAAGGUUAAAUCGAUGUGGGACGAUGUAAGUCAGCCAUCGAUCUUUUCCAAGGCGCUCCCAGAGCUGCCAAAAAUCGCCAACAGGGGCAGAAUCCACGACCCUUUGGCACCUCCAUUAUUUCUCCUCCGCAUAUCUCCAGAAUCGACUCUACGCCUGAUGAUGCGGGAGUGGUCUUGCUCGCUCCCGCAGUGGUGCUAUAUCUCUCGAAGUCGGCCAGAGGUAAUAGCUACCAAAGAGGAGAACACGUCUCACGACGAUUCGACGUACACUUGGGUAGAACAUGACACUCAUCUCCUCGUUGUCGCCCCUCAAUUUCACCAUCAAGCUUGGGAAGCCUCGUCCAUCCGACAAGAAAACCUUAUAACUUUGAUCAACAAGACAAAGGAUGAUCAAAAAGUACACAAACUUAGACAGGAGCUAGAAUUGGAACGCAAUGCAUCCUGGAUUGAUGGUGAACUGGAGAAGGCAGAUAUUGUUCCGCGGAUCGCCGAUAUUGUAGACGCGGAACACCUCCUUUUCAGCUUUUCCCGCGGAUCCGAGAUAUUGCACCUGGACAAGGGGCGAUGUAGUAUCGAAAAGCGCCUUUCAGGAGGCUGGGCUGAGUUAGUGCCUUAUACAUAUAAAGUAGAGGUCCCAGGGCGUUUGGAUGUCCUGGAGUAUGAACAGGUUUCAGGAGUUCUUGCUAAACGGAGAAAGUUUCUCCUACUGUGGUCCCCGCUAGUGGAUGCUCUCUACAAGUAUCCUCAUACACUCGUCGUCUUCUCAUCGAGGUCUCAAGACAUGUUCGAGUUGCUCUCGAUCCCGAACUCGUUCCCAAGGGGAAGAAGGAGCCUUGUCAUAGUUCAUAUAGGGAGAAAGCUACCAUUCUACGAUACGCUACUGGAGCUGGAUGUGACGCAGCUUCUCGAAGGCGAGGAUCCGAAGCCAGAAUGA